AUGAACAACAGCAGUGAGACCUGCCUGCCCAUUGCCCAGCACAUGUCUAUCCCUUUGCUCAUGUGCUUGGUCUACUUCAUGGGUUUCCUGCUUAACAUCUUCAGUCUGUGGGUCUUCUGCUGCUGUAUGUUGUCAUGGAGCGCUGGGACCAUCCUCCAGUUCUGCCUGGCCCUGAGCGACACCCUUUCUGCCCCUGUCACUCCAGUCACAGAUAGGUACUUCCUCAUGAGCAACAGCUGGACUUUCGGACAAUUCCUCUGCCAAGUCAAAAUCACUCUCAUGGCCUCCCAUUUUUACGGCAGCACCAUUUUUCUCACUCUGAUCAGCGUUCAUGGAUACACAGUUGUAGUGCAUUUUAACAAGACCUCCAGAAUGAAAAACAAAAGCUUAAUUAAAAAACUGUGCAUCGGAGUGUGGCUACUUCUUUUAGAGAAAUCUCUGGUUUUAACCUUCCCAACACUGCCCCCAACUAAAGUGGGAUAUCGUGUGCAAUGUCUGAGCUUCAGUCAAACUACCCUGUCAAACUCCCUCUUUAUAUUUGUUCUGUUUUUGUUCAGUUUCCUGUUUCCUCUCAGUAUCUCUGCCAUUUCUUUUUUCCAGCUCACAAAUGCUCUCACUAGCUUGAACACCAGCUCCUCCAAAGGCCUGAAACUAAAAUCCCAGCGCAUGAUCCGAAUGUGCCUGAUCAUUUUUGUGAUUUGCUUCCUGUCCAUGAACGUUACUCAGUUACUAGCAGUACUCACGAAGUACUUUCCUCAACAUUGCGAGACUGCUUUGUGUGCAGACUGUGUACUCAUAGCUGAACUGAACUGCUGCUUGGAUCCUCUGCUCUACUGUUUUGGAUCACGGAACUUUAGAGACACAUUUACAUCUUUGAGGAAAGGUUAA